AUGGACGUCAACAACAAUGAAAAUGGUAGCCAAUCGACGACGACGACGACAACGACAACCAGUCCGAAGGAAUAUGAACAGGUGACCCGAGUGAGGGCGCAGUUUCUGGAGAAGGUCGCCAAGGAGCCGGCCCUCUUCUACCCAGAAGACAUCAAUCUAGUCAAAACAAACGAGUGGUGGACGCUUCGCUUCAUCAAGUGGAACCGUGGCAAUGAGGACAAGGCGCUGAAGCAGAUGGUCAGCGCCUUCAAGUGGCGCAAGUCCUUUGGGCUGCACGACCGAAACGUCAAUGACAUACCGAAUGAGUUCGCCAAGGCGGCGGCCAUCUUUCCCUACGGCUACGACCACAAGGGCCGGCCGAUCAUCUACCUGCGCAUCAAGGUCUACCGAAAGAUCAACCAGCUGGUGCUCUUUUUUCAGCAGUUUGUCGCCGGCAUAGUCAACCACAUUGACGGAGAGGGUGGCCGCCAGGGCUUCGUCAUCGUCUGGGACGUCACCGGCCUCGGACUGAUCAACUUCGAUGCGGACUUUCUGCAGUAUCUCGUCUCGCUGCUACAGAACUACUACCCUUAUGGACUGCGAUAUUCCAUCGUCUACAACAUGCCCAAAGUGCUGCGGCCGCUGUGGUCGAUGACCAAGUUCUUUCUGGGCAGCACCGUCAACACCUUCACCUUCUGCAACUCGGUGGAGGAGCUGGAGAAGUACAUUCCCAGUAAAUGGCUGCUGCGGUACAUGGGCGGACAGUCGGAUUUUGACUUUACCGAUUUUGAAGAGGUGCGAGGGGCGCCGUCAGUGUACGAAGUGGCCGCCAAGUACAACUUCACCGAGGCCGACUGCAUCAAGUACCUGAAGAUUUUUGAGGAAAACAUCAAAGAAGCGCGUACACUCCUCUCCCCUUCUGCUGCAUCAUGA